AUGAAGAGAAAAACUAAGGAUAUUCAAUAUAAAAUUAAUAAGAACGCAUUAAAAGAAACAAGACUACAAUACGCUUAUGAUUCAAAUGGAAAAAAAAUGUUUCAUGGUGCUUUUGAGGGAGGGAAUGUCAAGGAAAUAGAUAAGAUUGAAACUGAACAAUUUGAACCAAUGGGAUUUACAUACUUUCAGGGUGGAAAAGGAAAAAAGAUUGAACUUGGAAUUGAAGAUAUUGUUGAUGAUGAAGAUGGGAUUGACUUUAAACAAAAGGAAAAAGAGAUUGAAAAAUUGAUAAAAUCAGGAAUGAGUUUUGUUGAAGCACAAAAAUUUUUGAAAGACAUCCAAUGGGAUGGAAAAGAAAAAUUUUCUGGAACAGCAAUUGGAAGAUUGUGUAUUGGAAAAGAUGACCAGAGUCAUCUCAAUUGGUUAAAUAAGUUUAUUUCAUCAACACAACUCCAGAAUAAACAACAAGAAGAAAAGAUUGAGAAAAAAGAUAAUAAAAUUGAAAGAAUAAUUCAAAGCAUUGAAGUCCCAAUUCUUGUUAAAGAAAGGUUCAACAUAUAG